UACUCUGCAUAUAUUGCCUACUCAAACUGUAAAGAACAUUUAGCCAACUUUCAAUUAAUUUGACAUCAUUCCGACUUUAAAUGACAUUACCAGUUAACACAUUUUCAUAAAUUAACAUUAGUAAACUGCAACAUAGGCUUACUAUUUACCAGCUACGCCAUCCUCAUCGGGACCGCCUCCUCUUAAGUAGGAAUAAUAAUCAGCAGACAUUAAUAAUGUAUGGAUGUUGGCUAUACAUGGAGAUUAUCUAGGGUAAACGUCAGCCAAAAUCAGGUGAUUUGAGGAAUAAGAGUAUCUGUCCUUAUAGCGACAUAUGACACUUUGUAGGUGAAGUUAAAUGGAGCCGACAGGACAUCAAAUGAGAGAAUAAAUGACUAGUUCUUCCGUAUCUCUCUCCCAUCGGCUCUCCCAUCAUUUGUUCUCCCUCCCAUCUGUUCUUGUGUUCCUCCCUGUUUCUCUCUCUCUCUCCUCCCACUCGGUGGACGGUCAGCCGUUAACAGACACCGAUCACUAGUCGUCAGCCAUGUUGUUGGUGUGACACACCGAGCUGUCAGCAACAGGUUUUUCUACUCUUGAGCAACAAGGACUACUAAACUUUUAACAUUUCUUCCAUAACACUGCUCUCCUUGGACAACAACGCUUCACAGUGUCCGGGGACACCGUCCAGAAGUAGUGGAUGAUAACUUCAGAAGCUCGGAAGUUGAUGUUUUGUGGCCGUUGUGAGAGAGAUGGCUGCGAGCAGUAGCUGAGGACACCACCGGGAUUUCCCCCUCUCUGCCUCUGCCACCUGCAAAGAUGAAUGGUGGCCCAAGUGUUUGGGCGAUCUCUCCACAGGAGAGGGUCAAACAUGAUCAGAAGUUUGACACCCUCUUCCCAUCGAUGGGCUAUGUCUCAGGGGAGCAGGCAAGGAAGUUUUUACUCCAAUCAGGGCUUCCUGCUUCAGUUUUGGCUGAGAUAUGGGCUCUGGCUGACAUGAACAAAGAUGGGAAGAUGGACAGGUUGGAGUUUUCCAUCGCUAUGAAGCUCAUAAAGCUAAAACUCCAGGGUACACAGCUUCCCGCAGCACUGCCAGUCAUCAUGAAGCAGCCUCCAGUGCCUGCUCCCAGCCUCACUAACCCCACCUCAUUAUUGACCAACCCAGCCUAUGGUAUGGCUACUGUGCCUAACAUGUCCAUGAUGACCGGGACAAACCUUGCAAUGUUUACCCCUCUCUCAAUGGCAUCCGCUGGACUCUCACCUUUGACCCCAAUGACGGGCCUCACCCCUUUGGUUCCUACAGCAACAGGCCUGAGCCCUCUAAUGGCCUCCACCUCUUCCAGGCCCCUGAUGCCAACCAUGGGAAGCGCCACCUUGCCUAAUGGCACCAUUGGAAUUCUCGACCCAUACGCAGCUGGAGCUUUGGCCCCUGGCCUACCUCGCUCUGCAUCCCCCUUCUCCUCUCCGCUCGGACUCUCCUCUUCUGGUAUGAACAAGGCCUCAUCCCUGCUGGACCUAAGAUCUAUCAGCUCCGCUUCCUCUUCCCCUUCUGUGAUGUCCCCUUUGGUUACUGUUCCCAGCGACUGGGCUGUGCCACAUGCCUCCAGACUCAAAUACAGACAGCAGUUCAACAGCUUGGAUAAACACAUGUCAGGAUACCUCAGUGGUCAGCAGGUGAGAGGUGCCAUGGCGACCACAAUGCUGACUCAGACACAGCUGGCUUCCAUCUGGACUUUAGCUGAUGUGGACAAGGACGGGAAACUAAAAGCUGAGGAGUUUAUACUGGCAAUGCAUCUUGUGGACAUGGCAAAAAUUGGACAACCACUGCCGCUAACACUGCAAACUGAACUGGUACCACCUUUGCAAAGGGGUGCAGUGAAUGGAUCCAGCUCUUCUCUAUAUGCUGCUCUGACUGAUGACUUGGACAUAGAACCUCCACAGAAAGCAAAACCAAACAUGUCGUUCGAGGAUAAAUUCAAAGCCAACCUGGAGCGAGGAAACGCAGAGCUGGAGAAAAGACGUCUGACGCUGCUUGAUGCGGAGAGGAGGGAGAGUGAGCGGCGCGCUCAGAAGCAGAGAGAGGAGCAAGAAAAGAGAGAGAGGGAGGCUCGGGAGGUCGAGGAGAGGAGGAGGAGAGAGGAGGAGAGGAGGCUGGAGCGACAGAAAGAGCUGGAGAGGCAGAAAGAAGAAGAGCGACUGAGAGAGAUAGAGAGAAAAGAGGCUGCACAGCGGGAGCUUGAGCGUCAGAGGAAGGAGGAGUGGGAGAGGAGGCGGCGAGGGGAGCUCAAGAUAAAGAAGGACCAGGACCAGGAUGAUAUCGUCAGAUUGAAAGCUAAGAAACAGAGUCUUGAGAUGGAGCUGGAGGCUGUGGGUAACAAGCACCGUCAGAUCUCAGACCGACUGCGUGACUUUCAGAACAAAAAGAAACAUCAGAAGACGGAGCUGGAUCUGACCAAUCAAAGGAAAGGGACUCGCCAGCAGGACAUUAACGAUCUGCAGAAACAGCUAGAGGAGUUCCAGAGGAAGUUGUCCCAGCUGACUCCGGAGCAGAAGAGACUGACUGAGAAACUCAGAAACAUGUCUGUGAAUAACUUGCCUGUGUCGACCAGGUCCACCCUGAAGGUGGUCGUGACAGAGAAAAAAGGGACGUGUCUGAAACUACGAGAGCAGCUGGAUGCCCUGGAGAAAGAGACCUCCGCCAAACUGUCUGAGAUGGACGAGUACAACAAAGAUGUGCAGGAAAUGAGAGAGAGCCAGAGAAAACAGCAGGCAGCACUUGAGAAUCUACGGAGCAUCAAAGAGGACAAACGGCAUGAGCUGAGUCGUAGGAAGGAGGAGGAAGAGCAGAGGAAGAGGAGAGAAGAGGAGAGGAAAAAACAGGAGGAGGAGGAAGCUCAGAGGCUUAUUAAGAUAGAAAAAGAGCGCCAGUGGCAGGAGAAGCUAAGGAAGGAUGAAGAGGCGCGUCAGAGGAGGCUUCAGGAGGAGAAAGAGACCAAACAGAGGGAGGAGGCGGAGAGAGAGAAACAGGCUCUCAUCCAGGCUGCCAAGGAGCAGGUUGAACGAGAACUCAGAGCAAAGGAUGAGGCAGAGCAAAAGAGAAGAGAGAUGGAGGAGAGGAAGAAAAGAGAAGAGGAGGAGCGACGGAAACAAGCAGAGAGAAGAAGGCAGGAUGAGGAGAGGAGGCGGCAGGAUGAGGAGAGGAGGCGGCAGGAUGAGGAGAGGAGGCAGCUGGAGGAUGAGAGGAGGCAGCUAGAGGAAGAGAGGAGGAAACUUGAGGAAGAGAGGAAGAAAGAGGAGAAGAGACGGAAAGAAGAAGAGGAGCGCCGCAAGAGGGAGGAAGAGAGGAAGAGGUUAGAGGAGGAGCGGAGAGAGGAGGAGCGCAGAAGAGAAAAGGAGGAAGAGGAGAGGAGGAGACAAAGGGCGGCCAUCGCCGCCGUUCGAGAUGCAGAGGAGAGGAGAAAGCAAGAGGAGGAGAUGAAGAAGAGGGAAGAGGAGGACAGGAGAAAGAGGGAUGAAGAUAGGAGGAAGCUUCAGCAGCAGCAGGACGAGGAUAGGAGGAAGCGUGAGGAGGAAAGAAAGAGGGUGGAGGAGGAAAGAAAGAGGGUGAGAAAGAGAAAGGAGGAGGCAGCUCAUCAGCAGCAGCAGCAGCAGCCGCCGCUGAGUGGAGUAGGGAAGGUGGAUAUUCAGGGGAAACUGACGGCUCUGCUGAGAGGACUGGAGGAGAGGAAAGGUGGGCAACCCAGGGCCACACAACACAGGAAGUCAGCAGCCCUCACAUCCUUCAAAGCUCUCUACCCGUUCACUGCCCGAAACAAUGAAGAGCUCAACUUCACUGCAGAUGAUAUGAUCGAGGUUGAUGAGUCGACAGAGCGGGAGGAAGGUUGGCUGUAUGGCAGCCGACUGGGGAAGAUGGGUUGGUUCCCAGAAAGCUACGUCGAGAGAGUGGCCCCUUCAGACACAGCUAACAAUGCUGCUGCUGCUGCUGCUCCUACUAAAAUGGUGCUCCACUCACAGCUUUCCAAUGCACUCGAGGCUGUCAAGGCAGCAGGCACAAAAUCUGCCUUCACGCCAACACACUCUCCAAACCCUGCUCCCUCUGACACACAAGGACAGCAGGUGGUGGGUAACCUGUUGGCCCAGGCCCUGUGUUCGUGGACAGCAAAGACAGACAGCCAUCUGAACUUCAAUAAGGACGAUGUCAUUCAGGUGUUGGAGCAGCAGGAGAAUUGGUGGCUGGGAGAGUUAAACAGUGAAAAGGGCUGGUUCCCCAAAACAUACGUGACGCUGCUGGGAGAAGAGGAGAGUUCAGACAUGAAGAGCUCCCCUCCUGAUGCUUCGGAGUCUAGCGACAGUCUUCAGCUUGAAGAAUACACGGCGUUGUACACCUAUGACUCUCCGGAGCUUACUGAUCUGACGUUUAGUGAGGGAGAUGUGAUCCUGGUGAGCAAGAGGGAUGGAGAGUGGUGGCACGGCUCUAUAGGCGACAGCACAGGCGUCUUCCCCAGCAACUACGUCAAACCUAAAGAGACAGAUACAUCAAGUAUAUCUGCAAAGAAGAAGCCAGAGAUCGCCCAAGUGAUUAGACCCCGUCCCUCUACCAGCCCUGAACAGCUGAAUCUGGAAAUUCCCCAGCUCAUCCUCAUCCUCGGCAAGAACCCCUCUGGCUGGUGGCUCGGAGAACUGCAGGCCCGUGGUAAAAAGCGCCAGAAGGGCUGGUUUCCCUCCUCUCAUGUCAAAGUACUGGGAUCUAACAGCGGCAAGUCCACGCCAGCACCCCAACCAGUCUGUCAGGUGAUAGCAAUAUACGACUACACAGCCGCCAACGGGGACGAGUUGAGCUUCUCCAAAGGUCAGCUGAUCAACGUUUUUGACAAGAACGACCAUGACUGGUGGAAAGGAGAGAUCAACGGGGUCACUGGUCUCGUCCCCACUAAUUACGUAAAGAUGACCACAUCAGAUUGUGACCCCAGCCAGCAGUGGUGUGCAGACCUAAACAGCCUGGACUCAUUGAGUAGUCAGGAGAAGAGGAGACAGGGUUACAUCCAUGAGCUGAUCGUGACUGAGGAAAGAUACAUGAAAGACUUGCAGAUUGUUCUGGAGGUUUUCCAUAAGCCUAUGUCGGAGUCGGGUCGGCUGAAUGAGGCAGAGAUGGAAAUGAUCUUCGUCAACUGGAAAGAACUGCUGGCCUGCAACUCUAAAAUACUCAAGGCACUACAUGUGCGUAAGAAGAUGGGUGGGGAGAACAUGCCGGUGCAGAUGAUCGGUGAUAUCCUGGCCGCGGAGCUGUCCCACAUGCAGCCCUACAUCCGCUUCUGUUCCUGCCAGAUCAACGGAGCAACGCUGCUCCAGACGCGCAUCGACAGCGAGCCAAGCUUCAAGGAAUUCCUCAAGAAAAUCGCCACAGACUACAGGUGUAAAGGGAUGCCGCUGUCCAGCUUCCUGCUGAAACCCAUGCAGAGGAUCACACGCUACCCACUGCACAUCAAAAACAUCCUGGAGAGCACCGUAGAGGGCCAUACUGACCAAGGCUCUCUUAAAGAGGCUCUGGAGAAGGCGGAAGAACUCUGUAAACAGGUAAACGAGGGCGUGAGAGAGAAGGAGAACUCUGACCGACUGGAAUGGAUCCAGAACCACGUACAGUGUGACGGCGCUGCAGAGCACCUGGUCUUUAACUCUCUUACCAACUGUUUGGGCCCCAGGAAGCUGCUCCACAGCGGCAAGAUGAACAAGGUAAAGAGCAACAAGGAACUCUGGGCUUUCCUCUUUAACGACUUUCUGCUUUUGACUCAUGCGGCUAAACAGUUCACCUCGUCUGGGCCUGAUAAACUGUUCAGCAACAAGAACAAUGUACAGCUCAAGAUUUACAAGCCGCCUGUUCUGCUAAAUGAGGUUCUGGUGAAGCUGCCGGAUCCUUCUAGCGACGAGCCCACCUUCCACAUCUCACACAUCGAUAGAGUCUACAUACUCAGGACCGACAACAUCAAUGAACGGACGGCUUGGGUUCAGAAGAUCAAGGCUGCAUCUGAAGAAUUUAUUGAAACAGAGAAGAAAAAAAGGGACAAGGCCUAUCAAGCCCGAACUGUGAAGGCUAAUGGAAUCGGCAGACUUCUUGUCACCAUCUUGGAGGCCACUGAACUCAAGCCAGCCAAACCCAAUGGUAAAAGUAACCCUUACUGUGAAGUGACCAUGGGAGCUCAGAUGUUCACGUCCAGAACGCUCAACGACACUCUGAACCCUAAGUGGAACUUCAACUGUCAGUUCCACAUCAAAGACCUUUACCAGGACGUCCUCUCCAUCACCAUCUUUGAAAAAGACCAGUUUUCACCUGAUGAAUUUCUGGGUCGGACGGAGGUACCUGUGGCAACCAUAAAGAAAGAGUUCGAAAACAAGGGACCGGUAACGCGUCGUCUUCUGCUGCACGAGGUUCCUACAGGGGAAGUGUGGGUCCGCCUUGACCUGCAGCUCUUUGCCAACAAAUAGACGUAGAGGAAGAACUGAAAUAAUAAUAAUUCUACCAACACAUCCAAAUACGGAUAUUUUCAUCCUAACCAAAUAAGACGGGCUGCUUUUUGUCUUCUGAACAAACUCGGAUGGUUCCCUUCCACAAACCCAAAUCAAACAAGACACCCCUGAACUGAACACACAUUACGCCUUAAUAUUUUAAUAUUACCCAGCACUAAUAAUACCUCUUCUGUCAUCUGAAUCUUCCAGUAGGGGAUUAGCGUCUGAUGUCAUCUGAACACACCAAUAGGAGUCAGAUCUCUCCCUUUUUUUCUGGCACAGAUAGAAAAGAUAGCGCAUCUGCACAAUAUGCACUGUAUUAUCUGAAGGAGGUAAAAGGAAGAACUACAGCCUGACCUCUUAAACAAUGGAGACAGAGUGUGUCAUGAAGCUGAAUCUGGGUCUUCUGCUGUACAAAUGUAUAGCCUUCAGACAGAGGUAGACCUGGACAAAGACUGUUUGGAAACAAAUAAAUAAUCAUAAUAUUAAGAAAUCAAUAAAAUAUAACUGCUCUAAUCGAUUAUCUAGAAUCUUAACAGCUCCGUAUCUCAGU